AACAAUAAUAAUAAUAAUGGCGUAAUGUUUCCUUUUACAUUUGUUUAAUUUGUUCUUAGGACCGUUUAUUAUAGUCAAAACAAUUAUUUCUUACAUCAACAAUCUCUGCUCAAAUUCUUUAGAGUUCUGAGAUAUUUUGCGGAUUCUUCUCAUCAAGAGUCUUUCUUUAUUCUUUGGCAUAUUUGUGAAGAAAAUGGAUACACUCGACACAGAAAUUUGCGGUUUUCUGAAUGUGAAAUUGAUGGGAAAUAGAUUUAUCGCGCAGAAAGUAAGAAAGAAGACUUUGAUAUUGUCGAAGGUUUGGAAACGAUUGUGGUGUUCUACAAAAAAAUUAGGACCCGACCUCGGCGUGCAAGUACAGUUUGACACUAGGCUCAUUUGCGGCAGUGCUUCUGUAAGACAAGGUGAAAGAGGCAGUUGUAUCAUAAUACCACCAAAUGCGAUUGUAUAUCGCAUUCGUUCUAAAACGAAGCAGUAUGCAUUCGCUAUAUCAUCAGCGAAAGACAGAAAGCCCUUGCUGUCAUUGUCCACUAAUUCAGAAACUGAGACACAGCAUUGGAUGGCAAAUAUUAGACAAUUGUUGAAACCUAGAAGGUAUUAUUGCAUGGAGAAAUUUUAUAGCGUGUCCAUGGUUGACAAUGCACAUUCCAAGGCAUUAGAUUUAAUCGGUUUAUAUGGAGAUUCGAUUGCCAAUGACACAGGAAUUUUUAUCAAAGAUGUUUAUACUGGUGAAACAAUUAAAUCUUUUGAAUGGAAGGAAUUUAGUCAAUUUCACUUAAUGACAGCAGGCCGUCCAGAAGAUGUGAAACGUAUUUGUGUAAUGCAUACCACUAAAGAGUCUUGUUGUGGUAUUGGUGAACUUUAUAUAUUUUGUCUUGACGCUAAUAAAUUAUUACAAGAUUUAGUGACACAGGGUCGUGGUCCAAAACAAAAAUCUUUGAGAUUUGACAAAGAGGAUCUUGAAACGGUGCACCUUUAUAAAAUUAAUAAUCCUCUUUCACAGCUACAAAAUAAUACAUUUCAUAUUCGUAAUAUUAACUGCUUGAGGCCAUCAACUUCCACAAAAAUCAUAGAGAAUAUAUAUGAAUCAGAACCCAAUCUGAUAUAUAGCGAAGAAGCUGAUUCUUAUAAUCACAGAAUAUCAAAUACUUCUAUUGCUUCUGGAAUUUAUGAAGAAAUUGUAGACAAUAUAUGUUCUUCUAAACAACAAACAUCUAUUUCCAAUAUGUAUGAAGAGGCAAAUAAAAUUCCAUGCAACAUGCAAAUAAAACCUCCAGCAUUACCACCACGACAGGGACAACAAUUAUGUAUAGAGGAAGACAGGAUCAAUAUGGGACAAUAUUUUUAUGCAAAAAUGUUCAAUCUUGAAACAAAAUUAGAAACUGCUGAAGAAUGUAUACAGAAAAUUACCUUUACAGAUAAUAAUUAUGUUCCAAUGUCAUCUCAAUUAAGAGACCCUAAUAUAUUUGAAUCUGAUGACAUGGAACAUUCAAAAGAAAAUGACUAUGUAAUUAUGCGAUAAUAUUUGUAAUGAUUAUUGGAUUGAUUGAAAUUGAUAUAAAAGGAGAAGUUGGAAAUAUAUAUGAUGUUAUUGUCUUCUGGCAAACAUCUAUUUUAUAUUUUUGCAAAAUACUGAUGAGUGCUAAUUUGGUUUGAAGAAUACCUAUUCGCUCACCUGUCAAAAUAUUGUUUAUAAUAUUACUAGAUAAGCGAUUAUUUUGUUAUUAAAAUAUAAUAAUAAAUUUGAGUUUUA